CGCCUGCAACGUCGGAUACAGACUGGAGACCGACUUGAGGAACUGCGAUCUCGUCUCGGAGUUUCUUAUGUACUCGCAGCAGAGGUUUAUCAAGGGGAAAGUUCUUAACCCGGUUAUCGAAGGCUUUAGCGAGGCUAUCCUCCCGGUAGUCUCGCGACGCGCUAGAUUUGUGGGUCUCGACUUUGACUCGCGAGAUGAACACAUUUAUUACUCAGAUGUUCUUCAAGACGUCAUCUAUAGAGUUCACCGAAACGGAACAACCAAAGAAAUAGUUCUGGCGUCACAGAACGAGGGCGUCGAGGGAUUGGCCGUCGAUUGGGCGUCGAAGAAUCUGUAUUACAUCGAUUCCAGAAAAGGGACUCUCAACGUCCUAUCGACAAGGAACGUGAGCUAUAAAAGGACGCUGCUCAAGGAUCUAAAGCGGCCGCGCGCCAUCGUUGUCCACCCAAACAAAGGCUUUAUCUUCUUCUCGGAGUGGGAUCGUCCUGCGAACAUCAGUCGAGCGAACACCGAUGGCAGCGGGCUCCUGGUCUUCGAGAACGUAACGCUGGGCUGGCCCAACGGCCUCUCCAUAGACUUCGACGCCGACCGCCUCUAC